UCCUCACAACAAACCUGUCAGCCGCCGGCGGGCUCCGUUGCGUGACUGACCACCCGAGGUGGCGUUUCGCCUGGAGGACAAACGAGAUGUUCCCGAUCGGGCUGGCACUCCUGCCGGUGCUUCUCUGCGCCUCUUGGCAGACGAAAGCCAUAGCAGCAGGUAACGUGCAACCUCCGUUCCCCCGCGCCCGGCAAGAUGAUGGUAUCAGCGCACCUGUGGGGCCAGCAUCCUCGGAGAGCGGGUUCGAGAGGGACACAGAUGAAUUACCAUUCCACAUGGACUCUGUGAUUGCCAUUCUGGAAGACAUGGAAUCCCAUCUUGGUGGGGCCCCAGAUUUGCCCGUGAGGGAGCUCUUCCGAGAACUGGAUUGCAAGCGAGAGUUUUGCCAGCUUUCCCCGGCGCCGGUGACUUCCGCGUCCUCAAAUGUGACUUACCUGAGUGCGAAACAGAGAUCUUUCCUCAAACGCCUGGUGAACCAUAAGACUGACGGCUCCUGGACAGAAUAUGGGGUCGUGCUGACUCCUGACGGGACCACUGUGGCACUCAGCCCUCUGCUGGGUGGCAUAAUUGGUGGACUCGGGAAGAGGCAUGAGGUAGCCGCACCUGCCGCUCCUUGGCUCACAGACCCUUUGAACAGUACUAAUCUAGAGCCAUGCCCAACUCUAGACCCCCUCCUUGCCACUUUUGCCGAGAGCUUGGCCAUGGCCGUUUCUCUCUUCCACGUGGGACAGAGCCAAGCAUUGCUGGGUCCAAAUGGCUGCUGGGAUAGCACCUCCACUCCUCAUACGUUCACCUUGUUAGGCCCUCCCUCACCUAUGCCUGAUGCUCUUAUUAAUGGUGCAAUGGAUGGGGUGGUGCUGGGUGCUUACCUGGCAGAGAAUGCCAGUUUACCCUCCAAUAUCAGCACCCUACUUCGCGAAUACUACGCUAGAGAGGGUCUGGAAAGGGAAAAUCGUGCACGAGGCAACUUCCGCCGACGAAACUUUGCUGCCCUGGUGAGCAAGGAAAAGCUAGGAGAACAGUUGGAGAGCUCUCUUUGCUGGCUGCAGCACCUGCCCGACGGCCCUCUCCACCUUGAAGGCAUCAGGAACAGAGAACUCACCUCCCUGGUCAGCCAGGCAGUAGAAGAAUUCAUGGCAUUAUAUGUAGAGUGCCCUGCUAUCAUUCCGAGGUGUAUGUGGGAGGCCCAGCCCUACAUAGGAACACCGACCCAGCUCCAGCUGCCCUUGGGUUUUGUAUACAUUCACCACACCCACACCCCUGGAAAGCCGUGCCGAACCUUCUCGGAGUGUGCUGCUGACAUGCGCUCCAUGCAGCACUUUCACCAGGUCGUCCGAGGCUGGGAUGACAUCGGCUACAGCUUUGUUGUUGGAGGUGACGGGUACAUCUAUCAAGGCCGAGGCUGGCACUGGGUAGGUGCUCAUACCCUGGGACACAACAGCAAAGGUUACGGCGUCAGUUUCAUCGGAGACUACAUGAAGGCCCUGCCGGAUCCCUUUGCUCUGACGCUUGUGAAGGACAACUUCAUGCGGUGUGCAGUGAGAGGCUCCCGGCUGAAGGCCAACUACACUGUCUAUGGGCAUCGCCAGCUGGUGCGUACCCUGUGCCCUGGAGACAGACUCUUCCAAGAGAUUAAAACAUGGAAAGGUUUCAAGGUGAGGUGCUUCAUGAAGGACAGUGUUGAGCACUGCAUUUAAUUCACAGUGCGGAGGCCCCUGAUGUGGCAAGUUUCAUGAACCCAUUUUCUACAAAAUUGGCACCUUUCCCUAAUGCCAGAGGGAACAGCCCCUCAAACAGUGCAGUGAACAAGGACAUCGAUCCAAAUUCCUCGUUUGUGAUACGUUACGAAUGUCAUGCAAUUAUAUGCUUGGAUUUGUGAAUAUGGGAGAAGGGGGGUUCAGGUACUUGAUGGGACGAUGGCAAUGGGGCUGAUGACCCCGCAAAACAAAGGGCUACAGAGUCUUGUCAAAGGCUUUCAUGGCCGGAAUCACUGGGGCAUUGUGUGGUUUCUGGGCUGUAUG